AGCCCGGGAUCCGGGAUUCCCGGGAAAUGCGAUCAGAACCAUUUCCCGUUUCCCGGGAAACGUAAGACGGGAAACCGGGAAAAAAGUCGCGCACGUCGAUUUGUUGUCAUACGGUAACAUUGAUGGGGUGAUGAGUCAACAGUACUUACGGUAUUGCGGUAACUCAGCAGAAGCGAGGCGCAUACAGGCAAUGAUGUCUACGAACAGUUUUGUGUGGGGGCAUUUUACAAAAAUAGAUAAUGACAGCGCCAAAUGUAUGUUGUGUGACCGAGUCGUCAAAUGUUCUGGUGGAUCAACAAGCGGACUACGCAGACAUUUAGAGUCCAAACAUGACAAACACGAAGAAAGGCCAUCAUGUUCAAAACGUGCUAAAAUGCUGGAUGGCUACUUUAGCCGAGUUAGCAGCAAGUCUCUUGAAGAAAUACUAGCGGAGAUGGCAGCUUUUGAUGGAUUCUCCUUUAAUAGUAUGGCGAAAUGUGAGUAUCUGAGAUCAGCACUCAAGAGGGAUGGCUACACUCUCCCAAAGAAUCCCACAGAAAUCUCCAAGCAGGUUAGAGUGUUUGCGAACGAGGAGAAAAUUAAACUGGCCGAAAUGUUCCAAGACAUGGUGAAGAAAGGGUUGCGUUUUUCGUUGACCAUUGACGAAUACACUUCUUCCCAACAUAAGCGGUACAUGAGCAUAAAUGUGCACGGUGCGCAAACUUACUGGAAUUUAGGUGUCAUACAUGUCCGUGGAACAAUGCCAGCAGAAAAAGUGAAAGCAUUGGUUGACGAUCAGCUUCAAUGUUUCAAGCUUGACAUGAACCAACACAUUGUGUGCUGCACUACGGAUGGAGCAUCAGUGAUGGUGAAGUUUGGGAGACUGGUGCUGCCGGAAUUACAGCUGUGCUAUGCCCACGCAGUUCACCUGGCUGUCACAGAUGUGCUCUACCACCGUGCCACCUCUGAUGGAGAGAGCAAAGCAAGUGAAGAAGAGGAGGAGAGCAGUGAAGACUCUGAUGACGAGUUAGCUGUGUGCGAGGAUGGGUAUCGGUCAGUGAGAGAGGACAUGUACAGGAGCGUGGAGCGAGUGCGUAAAAUUGCGAGGCACUUCCACAAAUCCCCAGUCAGCAACGACAAGCUGAGGGAAUGUGUCAAACAAGACCAGGGGAAAGAGUUGGCACUCAUCUUGGAUUGUCGCACCAGAUGGAACAGUUUGGCUGACAUGCUGGACCGCUACAUUGCACUACACAGACCAGUGACGAAGACCCUCGUUGAUAUCAACAAUGCACUAAUCAUCACCAACGAAGAGCUUGCACUCAUUCAGCAACUCAGCUCCUGCUUAAAGCCGGUGAAGAUGGGAGUCGAAUCGCUUUGUAACCGUGACACCACCCUCGUUAAAGCUGAUGGGAUUUUCAUCUUCAUGAUUGACCAGUUGACAAAGCAGGACACCCCCCUGAGCCUUGAAAUGAGGGAUGCGAUUGAGAGGAGAUUCAUGGAACGGAGACAGAAGAACUUGGUAUCUUUGUAUAGGUACCUUCUGGAUCCCGGUGUUCUAGUCGCACCAGCACCAAGGCCCACUGAGAUUUUCACCAUGCCAUCAAGACAGAUGCUGAUACGGACGGCUAAGGGACUUGUGGAGCGUCUUUUCCUCGGCCGUUUCUCCGAAGAGAGCGCGAGCGAGGGUGAUGCAGAUGCCAGACCUACAUCACCGACUGAAGACGUCUCAACUGAAGGGAACCUAGCAUUGGAUCUGCAGCAGGCCAUUUCAAUGACCACUACGCCGGCGUCAGAUGAAAUCAAAGAGGGUGACCUCAUGAAAGUUCUGACCAAAGAGUUUUCUCUGUUCGAAGCUACAAACAGGAGACCGCCCCACCUGCAGCAGUUGUUUGAUGCCCUGCAUUCUGUUCAGGCUACAUCCGUGGAGGCGGAGAGAGCAUUUUCUAUCUGCGGCCAAUUUGUCACUAAACUCCGAAAUCGCUUAAGCGCAGAAUCUCUCGAUGCUCUCUGCUUCUUAAAAGCACACUUUCAGAAAAAAAAGAAAGCUUCCGAAUGUUAAAGUUAAGGAAAUAUUGACAGAAGGGUUCGUUUAAUGCGAAAGCAUUACUUUUCAUUUCA